AUGGACGAGCACGACGAGCUGAACCCGCCGCGGCGACGGCGACGGCGCGGCGGCGGCGGCGCGAGAAGAUCGACGGACGACGACGACGACGACGACGACGACGACGACGCGACGGAGGAGACGGGCGCGACGUUCCGCGCCACCGUCGCGCCCGUCGGUCACGGCUUCUUCAUCGACGGCUCCGUCGACGCCGUCAUCGCGGUCGCGUGCGAGGUGUGCGGCGCGCCGACGAUGCAGCGCGUCGAGGGCGUCGACGUCAAGGCGUGGCUCGACGAGAACGCGAACGAGCUCGACUCGAGCGGCGAGACGGAGGUGAUCCCGUUCCCGCGGCACCGCGAAGAGUGCGACCUGACGGGGUUGAUACGCGACGUCGUGCGGAUGAGAGCGCCGUACGAGAACGUGUGCGAGGCGUGCGAGAGGGACGGGUCGACGAUGGGGGGGGGGUGGGGGGGCGGGGGUGAAGAAGGGGAAGCGUUCUCGUUCAAGCUCGAGCCCGAGGAUCGAUGA